CUCACCCCACAAAAACAAACCAAGAUCCAUAAAAACAAAAAAUCCCAAUUCAAAUCAAACCAAACCAAAAAUGUCUCUUGUGACAGAAGAAAUUAGGGCAAGUGCAUCAGAAGUUUACCAUGGGGAUGCAAUUUGUCAAGAAAAGUCAAAGUUCUUGCUCACUGAAAUGGGGCUACCCAAUGGCCUCUUGCCUUUAGAAGACAUUGAGGAAUGUGGGUAUGUUAAAGACACUGGCUUUGUGUGGCUUAAACAAAAGAAAGAAAAGAAACACAAGUUCGAAAAGAUCGGGAAGCUGACGUCGUACGGAACCGAGGUAACUGCAAUCAUUGAGAAAUUCAAGAUCAAGAAACUGACCGGCGUUAAAACUAAGGAGCUUUUGAUGUGGAUCACACUGAAUGAGAUAUCUGUCGACGAUCCGCCAACCGGAAAGAUCACUUUCAAGGCCACUUCUGGCCUUUACAGAUCAUUCCCGGUGUCGGCUUUUGAGAUCGAGGACGUGAAGAAAGACGUCGGAGCGGUGGAUGUGGCCAAGGAUGGUCAAGUCAAGGAGGUUUAAGUGUUUUGCACCGACCAACAAGUAAUGAAGUUCUUAUUUCAUAUAUAUAUAUAUAU